GUGUGCGAAGCACCAGGGGCCCCCGACGCCCCGAAGGACGCGCAGCUGCUUCCCACCUAGCUCAGAGCAUCUUCAGCUCAACCCCGGGCAGUAUCCUCGGGAAGACUCUCGAAUAGGCAGCAGGAUGUGGAACGAGACCCCGAGCCUGGCGAGCGACUCCAACUUCAGCCUGGACUACACCGACGAGCCUUUCAACAGCUCCUGGGUGGACCAGCUGCCCCCCUUCCCCGGAGCCCUGCUCACCGGGGUUACGGUCACCUGCAUCGCCCUAUUCUUCAUAGGCAUCUCGGGCAACCUCAUGACCAUGCUGGUGGUGUCUCGGUUCCGGGACAUGCGAACCACCACCAACCUCUACCUGUCCAGCAUGGCGCUGUCCGACCUGCUGAUCUUCCUCUGCAUGCCCCUGGACCUGUUUCGCCUCUGGCAGUACCGGCCCUGGAACUUCGGCGACUUUCUCUGUAAACUCUUCCAGUUCAUCAGUGAGAGCUGCACUUACUCCACCAUCCUCAACAUCACCGCGCUCAGCAUCGAGAGGUACUUUGCCAUCUGCUUCCCCCUCAGGGCCAAGGUGGUGAUCACGAAGGGCAAGGUGAAGCUCAUCAUCUUGGUCAUCUGGGCUGUGUCCUUCUUCAGCGCUGGCCCGAUCUUUGUCCUGGUAGGAGUGGAGCACGAAAACGGAACCAACCCCAUGGACACUAACGAGUGCAGGCCCACCGAGUUUGCCAUCCAGUCGGGACUGCUCACCAUCAUGGUCUGGAUCUCCAGCAUCUUCUUCUUUCUGCCUGUGUUUUGCCUGACUGUGCUUUACAGCCUCAUUGGGAGAAAACUGUGGAGAAGGAAGAGGGAGGACAUGGGACUGAGUGCUUCUAUCCGAGACAACAAUCACAAACAAACUGUCAAAAUGUUAGCCAUGGUGGUGUUUGCUUUCGUCCUCUGUUGGCUGCCAUUUCAUGUGGGACGCUACUUAUUCUCCAAAUCCUUCGAGCCCGGCUCUUUGGAGAUUGCGGUGAUUAGCCAGUAUUGCAACCUGUUCUCCUUUGUCCUGUUCUAUCUUAGCGCAGCCAUCAACCCCAUCCUUUACAACAUCAUGUCCAAGAAAUACCGCGUGGCUGUCCUCAGGCUCUGGGGACUUGGCCAGUUCUCCCAGAGGAAGCUGUCCACUCUGAAAGAUGACAGUUCUCGGGCAUGGACAGAAUUGAGUAUCAAUACCUGAUCAAAAUAAAGUCAUGAGCAGAACAGUCACAAUUCUGAUAUGAAAGCCAUAAUACAGUAGAUCUUGGUAAGAUGUUCAAAGAUAGGUCUGGAAAUAGGUAAGGAGCCACCCCAGAAAAGUUGUCCUUUUGCCAUCUGGGAUUCAUGGGGGAAAGACUAGGAAAAAGGGUAAGGUUUUUGUUGUAUGAAAAAUUUGGCUUGAUUGAAACCACUCAUCAGGGCUCUUGUCUAACAUUUCUGCUGUGUUCACUCCCUGUGAUUUUCUAUUCACACAUUGGUGCUGAACCAGAGAAAGGAGAAUGCUACUUUGUUUUGGGUGGCUAAAUAUGAAAUUUGGUGUGCUUUUUUAUAAUGAUGAAGAAUAUUCAGGGAAAGGAAUGUUAGUGAUAAAUAUAAAUAUAGAAGAUAUUUAAAACCAAUCAUCUCCAUGUAGUCCUGAAUAUAUGGAAAACAAAAAAAAAUUUACCUUGGUUAAAAUGCCUUAUAAUGAACAUUUUGUGGAGCCAUUUUUCAUUUCAUAGCCAGCAUACUGUGAUCUUACAGUUAGUGAUGAAUUUUGAGAAUCAUUUCCCCAGAGUCAUUUUUAAAGAGAGCUGUUCUUACACUUGGGAGAAGAGAUACUAUGAGCAUUUAAGAUAUUUUCUUGUUUUCAGAGUAUUUAAUUAUCUGCUGUAAUAAUCAAUGAAACUGGAAAGAAUUUUCAAAUGCCUUAUUCAACUCAAUGAUGAAACAGAGGCUGUGGCUGAGGUUUGCAUGUGGGGACCUGCAAAGCUCUUGAAUGAACACAAAAAUUAGGAUGCUUCUGAUGAAAUUGAUCUAGUGGAAAUUCACAAGUGACUUAUGCCAUAAAGAUAGAAAUCUCAUGAAAUUGAGGAAGAUUUUUUUAU